AAAUUACAGUUGAUAUUUGACUGUAAAUUCAGAUUCAAUUGACUGCAAAGGUAUUCAACGAAGAAACAACUUUAGAUUCUGACUUGUGAAGGCGCGAGUCAGGUGGGGAACGGUUGACUUGGUCUCUCUAUAUUUUAUUACGCUUCUAAAGAGGGUGGAAGGACUCUUUUCCGGCUUAUCCAAAAAAAAAAAAAAAAGGUGGAAGGACAAGACGGCAAUACCGAGGAAGGUGAUGCACUAGAUAACAGAUUAAUGGGUCGUAGCCGUCUGACAAUGACCUUGAGAGGGCCAUCUCCUUAUUCUAUUCCAAACGCCAAGCUUCAACUCUUCCCCUCACGUUGUUUAAAGAAGAAGAAGAAGAAGAAGACGACGAUCGUCUUUGCCAUUUGAUUUCGUUUCUGUAAAUUUUCGUCUCUUACCAAGCCACUGUGUAGGUCAAAGCUGAGGAGUAUAAUUAUCUCAUUUUAGCUUUGCAGGUUGAGCUCAUAUUCUCUAUCAAUUUCUUUGUUAUCUGCUUGCUCAAUCUUUUCUCCGGUUUUAGUACGACUCUGAUUCUUUUUGCUUAUUUAUAACUACGCUUCUAUCGUCGUUUGAUAUUGGUUUUCCCAGUGUGUCAUCUUUGCAUUAGCUUUGUAGGCUCAAUUCGUACUCUCACUCAAUUUCUUUGUUAUGUAGUUGAUUAAUCGUUUCUACGUUAUCAGUAUGACUACCCUUCUGUUUUUAUUUGCUCCAGUGUGUUAAUUUCUGAUGACCCUUCUCAUAUUAUGUAUUGUAGUUUAUCUUCUUCUGUAGCUGAUUAGGAGAUUACUUUCAACCCACAGAUACAGUUUUCACGGCCAGAUGGGAAACACCGAGCAACUGAACUUUUCUGAAUUCUUGUCCGAGCUAAUAGGUUUGGCUGAUGAGGUUGCUUCGACUGCUCAGAACUGUGAAAUUGAAAAGAAUGCUUUUGCCGAGUUCGCCAUAUUAGUGGAGGAAUUUGGAUCGCUCUUCAGUAAUUUGAGAGACAAAAGCAUGGUCAUGGACAAGCCACCUAUUAGGAAAUCGUUGGAAUCUCUUAAGAAUGAGCUUAAGCGUGCUAAGGCUUUGACAAAAAGCCUCAGUCAGAAACAUCUUAUUAAACAGAUUGAGGACAUAACUCAUGAUCUCGGUCGAUCAUUGGGACUGCUGCUUGUGUCCAGCCUUGAAGUGUCCACUGAUUCUAGAGAAAAGAUUAUUGCAUUGCAGAGAAAGUUGAUGGGUGCCCGAUUUGGUGGAAAUACAAGUUCAACUUCAAGUCCAAGAUCGGAGUUUGUCAGUGAUGUGAAGCUUGAAGAGGAAAUAGAAGAAGAAAUAAAUUACUUCACUAUUGAUGAUGUUAUACUGCAACUUAAACAUGGUAAUGAUGAAGAAUUCAAAGUUGCACUUUUGAGACUAAAGGAGUUCAUCAGAGAUGAAAAAGCAGAUUAUGAUUUAAUUAACGAGGAAGUACUUGUUGCCAUUCUAAUGAAUCGACUAGGUUCAAGCAAGGCUGACAAUAGGCUGACCAUCCUUCAAUUACUGAGAAGCAUUGCUUUUGGCAAUGAUGAAAAGAAGGAGAAGAUGGCAGACAUUGAGUUUUUAUCAACUUUGGUGAAGUCUCUAUCAAGGGAAGCAGAAGAAAGGAGAGAGGCAGUGGGGCUUCUACUAGACCUCUCUAGCCUUCCUUCAGUUAAGCGGCGAAUAGGAAGAAUUCAAGGGUGUAUUGUUAUGCUGGUCUCUAUUCUUAAUGGAGAUGAUCCUGUUGCUUCACAUGAUUCAGCAAAGUUGUUGAAUGCGUUGUCUGGUAAUUCUCAAAAUGCUCUUCAUAUGGCAGAGGCCGGUUAUUUUAAGCCACUAGUGCAAUGUUUGAAGGAAGGGUCUGACAUGACCAAGAUCCUCAUGGCAACAGCACUGUCGAGAUUGGAGCUCACUGAUCACAGCAAAUUCACACUUGGAGAAGAUGGGGUGAUUGAGCCUUUAGUCAAGAUGUUUACUUCUGGGAAGCUUGAGUCCAAGUUAUCAUCUCUAAAUGCACUGCAAAAUUUGUCGAGCUUGGCAGAAAAUGCACAACGUUUGAUCAGAUCAGGAAUUGUCGCGCCUCUGCUUCAACUUCUUUUCUCUGUAACGUCUGUACUCAUGACUCUCCGGGAGCCUGUAUCAGCUAUUCUUGCAAGAGUUGCACAGUCAGAGCCCUUGCUUAUUAAUCCAGAAGCGGUUCAGCAGAUGCUCUCACUAUUGAAUCUUUCCAGCCCAAUAAUUCAGUGUCAUCUUUUAGAGGCACUAGAUAGCAUUGCUGCUCAUCCGGGUGCCUCAAAAGUGAGGAAAAAAAUGAAGGAAAAAGGUGCACUUCAGCUUCUUUUACCUUUCCUGAUGGAAACCAACACUAAAAUCCAAAGCAAGGCCUUGCAAUUGCUGUACACUCUUUCCAAAGAUCUAACGGAAGAGUUGACAGAACAUCUUGAUGAUACGCAUCUUUUUAAAAUUGUUAAUAUUAUCUCAUCAUCAACGUCUGACAGUGAAAAAGCUGUUGCUGUUGGUUUACUGAGUAAUCUUCCCGUUAGUAAUAAGAAAGUGACAGAUGUACUGAAGAGGGCAAAUUUGCUCCCUAUUUUAACAUCCAUUAUGUCUUCAAGCGCAGGAAGUAAUUCACCCACAACAUGUUGCCUGAUGCAGAAUGUUGUGGGUGUUAUAAUCCGGUUUACAAAUCCUUCUGAUAAGAAACUACAACUUCUCUCAGCAGAACACGGGGUAAUUCCUUUGCUCAUAAAACUGCUCUCAACUGGCUCACCAAUCACAAAAUCCAGGGCUGCAACGUCACUUGCUCAAUUAUCUCAGAAUUCUGUGUCUCUUAGGAGGGCUAGAAAAUCAAGAUGGUUUUGUGUUCCUCCUUCAGCAGAUGUCCAUUGUGAAGUUCAUGACAGUAACUGCUUUGUGAAGAGCACAUUUUGUUUAGUCAAAGCCGGUGCUGUUCCUCCGCUUAUCCAAAUAUUAGAAGAUAAGGAGAAGGAAGCUGUUGAAGCUGCUUUAAUUGCCCUCUCAACUCUAUUACAAGAUGAAAUAUGGGAAGGUGGUGUCAACUGCAUAGCUAAAUCCUCAGGUGUUCAGGCUAUCAUAAAGAUUUUAGAAGUGGGGGAUGUAAAGGCCCAAGAGAAAGCACUUUGGAUGUUGGAGAGAAUAUUCAGGGUUGAAGAACAUAGAGUUACGUUUGGAGAAUCUGCUCAGGUUGUUCUUAUUGAUCUUGCGCAGAAGAGUGAUUCCAGAUUGAAGUCAGCAGUCGCAAAAUUAUUAGCUGAGCUCGAGCUCUUGCAAAAUCAAUCAAAUUACUUCUGAUACAGUUCAUUCAUUCUCUUUCAGCAAAUUUUAUGGCCAUGAUUUUGUUCAGCAAUGCUUUUAACACUUCUAUUUCAGCAGAAACUGUGUACAGCAGCUACUGAUGGGGCUGCAUCUAUGUAAAGCUGCCUACCCCAGAG